AUGGCGCCCAUUGCACUCAAUGAGACCAAUGGCCACGCUAAUAGUACUCAGGCCAAGCCCUCGACCGAGCAAUUGAAGACAUCAAAGUACCACGCGUCUUCAUCAGAGGAGGCAAUCAAUGCUGAGCACGCUUAUGCCGCCCACAACUACCAUCCCCUACCCAUAGUCUUUGCCAAGGCUCAGGGCACAAAGGUAUGGGAUCCAGAGGGACGAGAGUAUCUCGACUUCCUGUCUGCCUACUCUGCAGUCAAUCAGGGCCACUGUCACCCAAAAUUGGUCAAGGCGUUGGUUGACCAGGCAUCAACUCUCACCCUCAGCUCAAGAGCAUUCUACAAUGAUGUCUUCCCUCGCUUUGCCGAGUUUGUUACUAAGUUUUUCAACUUCGACAUGGUGCUGCCAAUGAACACUGGCGCCGAAGCUGUUGAGACUGCAAUCAAGAUUGCCCGAAAAUGGGGCUACAAGACCAAGGGCAUUCCUAGGGAUGAAGCGAUCGUUUUGUGCGUUGCGGAGAACUUUCACGGCCGAACAUUCUCUGCGAUCUCGAUGUCAACAGAUCCCGAAUCUAGAGACAACUAUGGGCCGCACCUCCCAUCGGUUGGCUCCAUAUGCCCAAAGACCGGCAAGACGAUUCCAUUCGAUGAUAUUGAAGCAGUCCGAACAGCCUUCGAGUCUCACGGGCAUCUGAUCGCGGGAUUCAUUGUUGAGCCAAUCCAGGGCGAAGCUGGUAUCGUGGUUCCCUCUGACAACUACCUGAAAGAGAUCCGGGCUCUUUGUGACAAGCACAAUGUGCUCUUGAUCUGUGAUGAGAUUCAGACAGGUAUCGCACGGACUGGCAAGCUUCUAUGUCACGAAUGGUCUGGCAUCAAACCCGAUGUUGUCCUCCUCGGAAAAGCCAUUUCUGGAGGCAUGUAUCCCGUGUCCGCUGUGCUCGGCCGCAAGGAUGUGAUGCUGACGGUCGAACCUGGCACGCAUGGCUCGACGUACGGCGGCAACCCUCUGGGUUGUGCCGUGGCAAUUCGGGCUCUCGAGGUCGUGCAAGAGGAAAACCUCGUGCAACGGGCAGAGGACCUGGGCAACAUGUUCCGUCAAGGACUGAAGGACCUCAACUCACCAAUGAUUCAGAUUAUUCGCGGCAAGGGUCUGCUGAAUGCUAUUGUCAUUGACGAGACCAAGACAAACGGGCACAGUGCUUGGGACCUGUGCAUGUUGUUGAAGGCAAAGGGCCUAUUGGCCAAACCCACACAUCAGAACAUUAUCCGACUUGCUCCUCCUCUGGUCAUCACCGAAGAGGAAGUCAAGAAAGCAUUGAGCAUCAUCGACGAAGCUGUCAAGGAGCUGCCUGGCUUGAAAGGUCAGAAGGAGGAUGAGGUGAUUCCAGAUGCGGAGAAGCACGUCAAAAUCACGGUCGACAACUAA